CCGCCGAUCGCGGCGUCGUCGGGUACGUUUUGGACACGCGCGCGACGGAGUAAGGAAGAGCGAGAAACACGGCGAUCACGCGCCCAGCAAAAUUACAAUCUGUUGACGACACAAUAACAACGACAACGACACGUCGUCGUCGACGUCGUGACGCUUGACCGCCCAGGAAACUGGAUCUUUGGUCCAUCUUACGGGAGCUGCGGGAUCGUCGACUAUACGGACGGGAAAUGUAGGAACGCUUUUCCUCUCGUCUCUCGUCAUUUACCUCCUUUCUCUCCUCUCUUUCAACGGCCGGGGCCGCCGCCGCGUCUUGCGCGGCUGAUUCUGACGCAACAUAACCUCGAUUCGCGAGCGACGGCCGGAAAGACUCCCGCAUCGCGCAGCACGUAGACGUGCAUCGUGCAUCUCCGUCGACGCCGCGUAGUGCGAUUCGUCCGAGUGUGAUUCAAUCGCUGAAACUGCAAGCCGCGGCGCGUCAGAUCGGACUCGGGCGCGUCCACGUCGGUUAACUGGGGGUCAUAUGUUACAACGAUGCGUCUGUUACUCUGGAGUAUCCGUCCUCUCCUUCCGUUCCGCCUCCCCUCGUCCCUUCUACUAUUGUAGCUGUUUAGGCGUUGACAUAACUUUGCUUGACGUUACGUUUGACGUUACGCUCGACGUCACAUGUGUACGAGUCUGACGAGAUUGUAAAAUUAUUCGUGUCACUCUUUGACCUCUCGAAGAUGCUGAGUUUAUCUUCAGCGAUUGUUGCGAAGAUAUGAGGAACGAUCCAUGUUGCGAUAAUCGCAUUAAGAAGCUACCAGGUGCGAGCUAACUUGGUCUCUUUCUGCUAUGGAGAAUCAAGGAUAUCAUCAUCAGACCAUUUCCACCCAUCAGUCUUUCUGGAAGAAGAAUACACGGGCUGUACCAGGGCGACCAAGCCUGAAACAGGAUGUUAGGCAUGGCAAAUUUAAUCCCACGGCGAUUGGGUCUGGCAAUCUCACCAGUACCAACAGCGGUGGCAGUACAGGUGGAGGUUCUACCUCCUUCCAAGACUUUCAAGAGAGCGUGGAUGAUGCGUGGGAUUCGGGAGAUGACGAGUUCUGUACAGUCUCAGAUGUAAAGAUAUCAAAGAGGGUUAGCCAUUCAGCAGCCCUUAGUGUUAUCAACAGUCACCGAUCCAGCAAUAAGUGUUCACAACCACCUCAAGCGAAUGCUAAGGUGGUCCAGCAGGAAAUUAUCCCUGAGGAGAAGAAGGUUGAGGCUCUUCAGAGAUUGGCGGUGCAACCGUUGCAUCUGCGCAAUGUGAAUCUGCACUCGCAGAUGAUUAACAGCCUGAACUCUGGCGAAGACAUGGAUUUAAAGCACAUCGCGUCACCCCAGCACAAACCGACGCAAUUUCCCGGUAGACCACAGCCGCUGAGACAGACAAAUGCUCCCAAUAAAUUUUUUAUACCUUCGAAAGAGCAAGAUGGCGAGAGCAAGGUGGACAAGUUUCAAUUACUUUUGGAAGCGUCUGUGCUGAACCUAGAUGAAUUGAGGCAGCUAUCGUGGUCUGGCGUACCUGCGAAAAUGCGUUCUGUCACUUGGCGGUUAUUAUCUGAGUAUUUGCCAGCUAAUCUAGAACGCAGACAACCCGCGCUGGAACGUAAACGAUUGGACUAUUGGAACUUGGUGAAACAGUAUUACGACGUUGAGCGGGACGAAGGUUUUCAGGAUACGUAUCGCCAGAUCCAUAUCGAUAUUCCUAGAAUGUCACCGCUCAUCUCAUUGUUCCAGCAGACUACGGUGCAACUGAUAUUCGAGAGAAUACUGUACAUUUGGGCGAUUAGGCAUCCUGCGUCUGGUUAUGUCCAGGGUAUGAAUGACCUCGUGACACCCUUCUUCCUUGUUUUUCUACAAGAGGCAGUGCCGAUACAAGCCUGGCAGGAUCUUGAAAAUUACGACGUAUCAUCGUUAUCAAAGGAACAGCGCGACAUUAUUGAAGCGGACAGCUUUUGGUGCCUAUCUAAAUUUUUGGAUGGUAUACAAGACAACUACAUAUUUGCUCAGUUGGGAAUCCAGCAUAAAGUGAAUCAGUUAAAGGAACUAAUACAGAGAAUCGAUGCGCCGUUGCAUCAACAUUUGCAUCAGCAUGGGGUGGAUUAUCUACAAUUCUCCUUUCGAUGGAUGAACAACCUGUUAACCAGGGAAAUCCCACUUCAUUGCACUAUCCGACUGUGGGACACAUACUUGGCGGAGUCCGAUAGAUUUGCCUCGUUUCAGCUUUACGUAUGCGCGGCCUUCCUUCUUCGUUGGAGGCGGCAUUUGCUCUUGCAACCUGAUUUUCAAGGGCUGAUGUUAAUGCUACAAAACCUGCCCACGCAAAACUGGACGGACUCGGAGAUAGGCGUGCUGGUGGCCGAGGCGUAUAAAUUGAAGUUUACAUUCGCCGACGCGCCGAAUCACCUACAGGCCCACGACACGACGACCAGGUGACCGUUUUCAGACGGAUCGGGUUGAUGUUAUUACGAAUAAUGGCCAAACUGAGAGGCUGAGUACGCUAUCGCGUUAUCGCCGGUCCUCUUCUUCCGUCUCGCCGUCACUAAUAUACAUUGUGACGUUCAACUUAUCACGGCCAUAUCGAAAGUUUUCGGAACACGCAGUCUCAUACGUUUCGUUUCCCACGUCGACUAUUAAGUUUUCUCAAUUACUUUAUGCGUUAUAGAGUUUAUUCCUUUGUUACAUUGAAGGAUUUUGCGAAAAGGGUUUUAGGUAUACUCGCCAUGUGUUCCGCUCUGGAAAAUGUAAAUGCGUUUCACAAUGUGGAGAUAACGCAAAUCAAUUGCCAUUUCCGGGUUUGCAUUAAAUUUUUAUAUAUAUAAUAAGUCUCUGACAUAUUAUAUACAGAUAAUAUAUAUAGACAGGAAAGUUUUAUAUAUCAA